AUGAAGUUGUAUAAUGGCACAGACGACCCCGAAGACCAUAUGGCCCAUUACAAACUGAAGAUGGGUGUAAUAGCCAUACCAUAUGGGAUGCAUGAGACAUGCAUAUGCAAGGGAUUUGGAUCAACUCUCACUGGUCCUGCUUUGCGUUGGUACAUCAACCUGCCCAAUGGCAGUAUCACUUCUUUCGAGAAGCUAAGCGAGACAUUCAUGAUACAAUUCUCAAGCAGUCAGAAGAUCCAUAAAUGUUCAGACGACUUAUACCACUAUCAUAGAGAGUGGGAGAAUCUCUCUGGGAGAAGGUAUCCAUACCUCAUUGUGAUCCAGGGACUGCUAUUAAAGCAUUCAAGAGUUGUCUGCUCCCGGAUGGGGAGUUUUACGAGGAACUCACAAGGAGGAGGAUGCGAGGAGAAAAUCGUCCAAUCCCCUAGAGAAGAAAAGCGCAAAGACAAGCGUCAGAAGAAAGAGCAAUCUGUCGUCGGUGAGCCAAGCAACAAUUGGCGCCCCCGCAAGUCUGGAUCAUCAGAUUAUGCGAAGAACUGCCCGGAGUAUCCCCUUCGGAUACACCAAGUUGAGGCUGUGCUGGUCUUGAAGAAAAUGGGUAGUGAGGUGAAGUGGCCGCCUAAGAAGGAAACUGAAGGAUGGAAAUACCCUAAGAAGUGGUGUGACUUCCACCAAGAUAUCGGGCACACCACUUCCGAUUGCAGAGGCCUUAAAUAUGAGGUGGAUUACCUAUUGAAGAAAGGUCAUCUAAGGGAUUUACUAUCUAAACGUGGCAGGGCCAUCUUGGAGAAGAGAAAAAUUGAUGACCUAUAUGCGCUACCACUACCACCGUUGGCCAUACAAACCUACUGCGUGAUUUCUGGAGGAUCAGAGAUUAGUGGACUUUCUCACACUUCUACUAAGAAGCACGAGAAAGAAGCAGCGAACCCUGUUGCUAACAUGGCGCAAACCAUAGGGACCUUCACUAACCAAGUGAUGGUCUUUGCUGACGACGAGGCCACCCAGCUUCUACACCCACACCAUAAUGCUCUGGUGAGCCAUUCAUCAGGUGAAGUCACUUUGCCCAUCUAUGCCCCAUGGUUGAAUAAGCAGAUCAGGUUUUCAAUUCUGGAUUCACUAUCUGAUUAUAAUGCUAUUCUGGGACACCAUUGGUUGCAUGCCAUAAGGGUCGUGCCCUCCACUUAUCACCAAAUCCUACGUUACCCUACCAAUGGUGGCAUUAAGGAAAUCAUGGGAGAUUAG